ACCAAAUAGAAAUGGCUGAUAAGCCGCCAGAGGACAGUUACAUAUCUGUAGUUGACGAUGAGCCGGUGUUCUUUGAGCUACUCAAGUGGGAUUCGACGCAAUCGCAAAAACAACCGGAGCCCCGGAGUUUGGAAAAAGCAAAAAGUCCUGAGAAAAGCGUGCCUAAACCUAGAGACGAAUCCGAUCCGUUCGAUUUGAGUGAUGCCGCGUUUGUAGAGUCGUAUAGACUUUCAAAAGAUCUGGCGCGAAACCUCUGUGAAGAAUUGAAGCCGGUUAUGCCUGAAUCUACCAAGUCAAUAGAAUUUUCUGUGGAGAGCAAAGUGUUAGCAGCUCUCUCUUUCUACGCCACAGGUAAAUACCAGAAGUCCAUUGGUGGGAAGACAGAUCCAAGUAUAACACAGUACUUUGUGUCCACCGCGGUGAGCCAGGUCACGGAGGCAAUGAACGAUCCCACCAUUGUGAAGAAGUACAUACAUUUCCCUCAUUUGAGGAGUGAGCGGGAGGUUAUUAAGAAUGGGUUCUACAUGAAGUAUGGCAUCCCCAACGUGGUGGGUUGUGUGGACUGCAUGCACGUGCCAAUCGCCCGGCCAGAUGACGACCAGAAGAAACACUUCAACAAGUCAUAUCACUCCAAGAAAGUGCAGAUUAUUUGCGACAGUCUCAUGAACAUACUCAGCGUGGACGCAAAGCCCGGUGGCUCCCUCUCACACGACGCGAUCCUCAACCAGCACGCUGUUAAAAUUGAUCUCCAAAGCCUCAACCAUGCUCGGGAACUGUGCUGGCUUAUUGGUGGCCCCCACUACUUCCAAAAGAGCUACCUAAUGACACCAGUACCAAAAAUCACCAAGAAGUCCCCCCUCUCCCCUGAGAAAUACUACACAAACAUGCACGCACAAGCACACAGCACUGUCAUAGAGACGAUAAAACAGUUGAAAUCAAGAUGGAAAUGCCUCCAAGCGACGUGUAACAAACAAUUUGACCCAUCAACUGUAUCCAUGAUGAUAGUGGCUUGCUGUGUGUUGCAUAACAUAUGUAACUCCCAUGGUUUGCCCGUGGUACAAAUGAACCCAACAGAAGAACGUCUAGAAGCUAUGAAGCAAAGAGUGGCAAAUGCGUCGGUGCCGCGCAAGCAUAACGAAGACGCUGGUGGAUUGCAGGCGAGAAGUACGCUGAUCGAACGUUUGUGGAAUGAACGCAGGGUUGCGCCAGAAUCCUGUUCCAACGCAAAAAAAAGGAUGUCGAAGAAGGACCGGAUAGUGGAGCCUAUUCCACCUCAGCAGCAUUUACACGCGAUGCCUCCGCAGCAUCAGACCCUGCACGAAGAGCCGAAGCGACCCCGCAUACUCAUGAACAACCCCUACGGUAUAGGGGUCGCGGUGCCACCGCCUUGGCCGCAUUACCCCCAACAUUAGUGUUACAACUUACAAUGUAGAUGGCGCUGUACGGAGUUGGAUCGCGCUGGAGAGGUUUCAUUCACAGGCGUAUAUAAAGAAAGUUGGAUUUGAAGCAACUUACUCCACAAGAUCUGGUACAGUUAGUGUCACGCAAAAAUACCUCUGGACGUCAGUAGCGGAGAUAGCUGCGGAUGUGUAUAUGAUUAUACUGAUCGAUCCUAAAUCCAUUUCUAUUUGACAGCAUGCCUAAGAAGAGAUGAGCCUCAGCAAACCUGUAUAAGGAGCCCAAGCGACCCCACAUACUUGUGAACAACCCCUACGGGAUAGGGUCGCAGUUCCGCUGACUUAGCCGCAUUACCCCCAACAUAAGUGUUACAAGUGACAACCAUCAUUCACUUAUUCAAAACUAGAUGUCGCUCUACGAAGUUCGAUCGCGCUGGAAAAGUUAUCAUCCGCGGACAAUACUUAAAAAAACGACCAAGUGUGAGUCGGGCUUACACACGAAGGGUUCCGUACCAUCAUACUUGAAAUGACACAUCUUUUUUAAUUUCAUGGCAGUCAUUUUGAAAUUUUUAUUAUUUGUUGUAGCGGCAAUAGAAUAAAGCUCUACCUGUUACGUUUCAUGAGCUACAGCCCGCUGACAGACGGACAGGCUGUUGGCACCCUUCGGUUACGGAAUCCUAAAAAUGACAGUAUUAAAGAGAUCUGUAAAUAUCUAUAAGAGACAAAAGUAUAUGAUAUGAAGUUAGACAUAAUAUUUUAUUAGUACAUAGGAUUAAAAAUUUCAAUAUAAGUAAUAUUGAUAAAAAAAUGGGAUGUUAAUAUAAACAAAAUGCAAAUUUUUUGACAGAAUUAUGUGAUUUUAUGAAUAUUAUAAUUUUUAUAUGAAAUGUAUUAGGUGCAGUGCACAUAUUUUAAUGUCUUUUGUUGAAAAUACUUAUGUCAUCCGAAAUCGAAUGUACCUACUAUUAUACUUUUUAUUAUACAAAGU